CUACGUGCUUGAGCCUGCCCGAAAAUGUUCUCCCGUGUUGUUGGAUUUCGAAGGAGCGCAGGACUUUGCAGUGAAAUAAUACAUUUUUACCGGUGAAGGAAACAAAAACAGUCCGCAUGUUUUUCGACUGAGGGCAUUCACAGUGCCAUUUUUUGGUCGAACUGUGAUUUUAAACGACUCCAACGGGAAGUUUACGUGCUCGUUUUUCCCGGAGUGAUGUCGAAUCCUGGGAGUCGGAGGAACGGGUCCAGCAUCAAAAUCCGACUGACAGUAUUAUGUGCCAAGAACCUUGCAAAGAAAGACUUCUUUCGUCUGCCGGAUCCAUUCGCCAAGGUUGUCGUGGAUGGGUCGGGUCAGUGCCACUCAACAGACACGGUCAAGAGCACACUGGACCCCAAAUGGAAUCAGCACUAUGACCUCUAUAUUGGAAAGACAGACUCCAUCACCAUCAGUAUAUGGAACCACAAGAAAAUCCAUAAACGUCAGGGAGCAGGUUUCCUGGGCUGCAUACGACUGCUUUCCAAUGCCAUCAGCAGGCUAAAAGACACAGGAUACCAGCGUCUAGAUCUAUGUAAGCUAAACCCCUCUGACGGUGAUGCAGUGAGGGGGCAGAUUGUAGUGAGCCUACAGACGCGAGAGCGCAUUGGCAGCGGUGGCCCUGUGGUGGACUGCCGAGGUCUGUUAGAAAACGAUGGGCCUGUUUUUGAGGGAUGCUUUAGUGAAGAACCGCUGCCCUACUCUGACCCCACGGGUGCUGCUGGGGGUGGGAACUGCCGCCUCGACUCCCCGGGUCAGGAGGGCCGUCUUCAGACACAGCGAAUCAGAGGGCAGGACUCCAGAGGGCACGGCCACACCCCUCAGAACAGACCUCAUGGGCACCAGCCGCCUGACCUGCCAGAGGGCUACGAGCAGAGAACAACCGUGCAGGGCCAGGUGUACUUCCUUCACACGCAGACAGGCGUCAGCACCUGGCACGACCCCCGGAUACCCCGGGACCUGGCCAGUGUCAGCUGCGAGGAACUUGGUCCUUUGCCGGUGGGCUGGGAGGUCCGAAGCACCGUGUCUGGACGCAUCUACUUCGUGGACCACAACAAUCGAACCACUCAGUUCACCGACCCACGUCUACACACCAUUAUCAGCCAGCAAUCCCAAGUCAAGGAAUCGUCCCAGGCUCCCCAGAUGGAUUUGGGUGUUGAGGAGGGGGGAGGUGGAGGGGUGAGCAGUGGCGGAGUUGGAGGAGUUGGAGUUGGAGGAGGAGGAGGAGGAGGAGAAGGCGAUGUGGCGGCCCGCUACGAGAGGGACCUGGUGCAUAAGUUGAAGCUCCUCCGCCAUGAGCUGUCACUGCAGCAGCCUCAAGCGGGACACUGUCGCAUAGAGGUGUCCCGAGAGGAGAUUUUCGAGGCUAGUGCCAUUUGCUUCUGGUUCACUGAAUCAUAUCGACAGAUAAUGAAGAUGAGGCCGAAGGACCUGAAGAAACGUCUGAUGGUGAAGUUCAGAGGCGAGGAGGGCCUGGAUUAUGGUGGAGUGGCAAGGGAAUGGCUGUACCUUCUAUGUCAUGAGAUGUUGAAUCCCUACUACGGCCUGUUCCAGUACUCCACAGAUAAUAUAUACACACUACAGAUCAACCCUGACUCCUCCAUCAAUCCCGACCACCUGUCGUACUUUCACUUUGUGGGCCGCGUCAUGGGCCUCGCUGUGUUCCACAGCCACUAUAUCAACGGCAGCUUCACGCUGCCCUUCUACAAACAGCUGCUAGGCAAACCCAUCCAGCUCAACGACCUGGAGACCACUGAUCCCGAGUUGCACAAGAGCCUCGUGUGGAUACUAGAGAACGACAUCACGUCGGUGCUCGAUCACACCUUCUGCGUGGAGCACAACGCCUUUGGGAAGUUCUUGCAGCACGAGCUCAAACCCAAUGGCAGAAAUAUUCCCGUCACAGAGGAGAACAAGAAGGAAUAUGUCAGACUGUAUGUGAACUGGAGGUUCAUGCGUGGAAUCGAGGCUCAGUUCCUCGCUCUGCAGAAGGGAUUCAGUGAGCUCAUCCCGCAGCAUCUCCUCAAACCAUUCGACCACAAAGAGCUUGAGCUCAUCAUCGGCGGGCUGGGAAAGAUAGACCUCGCCGACUGGAAGACGAACACACGCCUGAAGCACUGCACAAGCGAAAGCAAUGUGGUGCGGUGGUUCUGGCAGGCGGUGGAGGCCUUCAGCGAGGAGAGGAGAGGACGACUCCUGCAGUUUGUCACAGGCUCCACCCGAGUCCCACUACAGGGGUUCAAGGCGCUGCAGGGCUCUACAGGUUCUGCAGGACCAAGACUCUUCACCAUCCAUUUGAUAGACGCCAACACAGACAACUUGCCCAAGGCCCAUACGUGUUUCAACAGAAUAGACAUCCCUCCUUACGAGUCUUACGAGAAACUUUACGAGAAACUGCUGACGGCCGUGGAGGAGACCUGUGGCUUUGCCGUGGAGUGAUGGAUCCAACUCCCUUUCAACAAACAGUCACACCUGCUUGCACUUCCACACAACUGUUCUGACAUUUUGCAUAUAUUUACACACAAACAGACUCUCAACUACACACAGCAGCCAAGCAUCACAAGGAAACACACAGUCUCUUGCCUCCUCCACAACACCGAACUGUUGGGGGCCUAAAGGAGGAAGCACAGCAAGAGGGGGGUGGGGGGAUUUUAAAAUUUUUCAACGUUUUGGAGAAGCAUUUUUAUUCUUCAGUUUUAACAAGCUAUGAGGUCAUUCUUCCGAAUGUCCAAUCACAGCAAAUUUGACUCCAGUGGCGCUCGAGUCUCUGGACAGAAUCAGCCAAUCACGGACGAGCCUGCGAACAGAGACUUAAGAUUUGUGAAGAACAAGACAAAGAGCGGUCGUCUUUCUCUCUGACAAGCUGAUCGAUUGACUAGUAUUCAUGCUUUAUGUUUAACCACUGUCGUGUGUGUCUGCAUGCAUGUGAGGGAGAGACAAUUUUGUUGAGUUUCUUUGUAAGUUUUUGUGUGUGCGUGUGUGUAUGUGUGUACGCGUGUGUGCGUGUGUGUGUGUGAAGCAUGGCACUCGGUUAUGCUGUAAAAAUGAUCAAAUGAGCCGGUCCUCCGUUUAGUAACUUUUUGUCUCUUACAUUUGUAUCUGCGACCACUCUGAUCCACUCUGAUAUUUUAUUAUUUAUUACUAAGUGAUUACUGACCAAGCUGCUAUACGCUCUACAACGAGCCCUCACUAAUCUCUUAAUUCAGCCCUCUACCAGAGUUGAAGGGUCAAUUCUAAUGCAAUUCAAGUAAUCCACAAAGUGGGUUUUAUUGAAUUUUGUUACUUUUUAUUUUUCUCUAACAUUCAUAUUACUGUGGAGAAAUGCUCUUGUCAGUAUAUGAGAACUGUAGGUCUCUUGGUGUUUAAGAUACCAGGUUACAUAUGUUGAAGUGAAAGGGAAAUUACUUUUCCUGGCCAUGGUUUUUAAAAACUAACUCAUCUGGCAGUAUGAAGAUGUCUGAGGGCAUGUCUCGGAUUUUUUUUGUUGGGUUUUUUAAAUUUUUUUAAAAUCAAUACGAGCCUCAAGGAAGGAGAGAAGUUUUUUUCGGGAGAUUUCAUUUGUGACCUAAAAUAAAAUCUCUUAAGCCUUUCAUACAUAUUGCAUUACCCAUAAUGCUAUAUUUUUACUCAUGUUUCUCAGCCCUUUUUUUCACCAUCGCCCAAAUGUUUGUUAAAAGUAGCCAUCACGCUUAAGACCACCAUGAAUGAGACUUUUCAGUCAUCAAAGCUCCAUUGAAGCAAAUGAAAUCAAACUUAAAUGUUGAGCAAGUUACAUGAAAUGGAAAAAAAAAAGGUUUGGAUUUGCUGUAGAUUGAAGACUGUUACGCAGUAUUAUUUCAAUCUGCAUUUUCUAGGGUCUGAGUUCACUGUGGAAUGGAUGCAAAAGUAUUGUAACUUACAAUGUACUAAACAUUUAUGAAAAAAUACAGUGUAAAUAAGAUUAUAUCUAAAGAUAUUAAAUUGAAAAUACA